GAUAUUACUUAAAAAUUUAACCAAUGUACGAGCUGUGCAGUAUGGAACAAGGACAGGAGACGAAAAUGCAGUAUUAAGAGCAAAAUCUCGCAGCCAUGGCUCACCAUUCUGAUGAAGAGAUCCAGCUCACGCCUGCCAUCCUCCUGCUGAAUUAUCUGAAGAAUCUCGACGAUGGAGAGCUGAAGGAGUUUAAAUGGCACUUGAGUCAUAUUAAGUAUAAUAAGUCAAAGUCCAUUCCUGAAGGUCAGGUGAAGGAUUUGAAGGAAAGAACGGAUGUCGUUGAUCUAAUGAUAAACUUCUACUGUGAAGACGGUGCUCCCAAAGUCAUGCAUGAAAUCCUGAGGAGGAUGAAUCAGAAUGACCUUGCGCUGAAACUGAAUAAAGACCUGCAGAAGAGUAACCAAGCCGGAGGAGAGCUGUACAGAGUCAUUGGACUAUGUGCCCAGAUGGACCAGCUUGAAUCGGGCGCCAAGAACAUCGAUGAGAGGUACAGAGAUGUCCAAAGAGAACUUAAAAACAAACUCAAGGAAAAAUAUCAAUGUAUAUCUGAGGGAAUUGCAAAACCAGGGAAGAGCACCUUCCUCAUUGAUAUCUACACGGAGCUGUACAUCACGGAAGCUGGCAGCGGAGGGGUGAAUAAUGAACAUGAGAUCCGGCAGAUCGAGACAGCGUGCUGGAGAAACAGCAGCCCAGAACAUGCCAUCAAAUGCAGUGACAUCUUCAAACCUCUCCCUGGCCAAAACAAACACAUCAGAACUGUUUUGACCAAAGGUAUCGCAGGCAUUGGAAAAACGGUGUCCGUGAAAAAGUUUGUUCUCGACUGGGCAGAAGGAAGAGAAAACCAAGAUAUCGAGUUCAUAUUUACUUUUCCUUUCCGUGACUUAAAUAGGUUGAAAGAGAAGCAGUACAGCCUCAUUGAGCUCAUUUAUAAGUUCUUUUCACAAAUAAAAGAAAUAGAAAACAUUAAAUGGAACAAGACUGUGUUUAUCUUUGAUGGCCUGGAUGAAUGCCGUCUUCCCCUUAAGUUCAAUGACAACGAGAUCUGGAAUGACGAAACUAAGCCGACUACAGUGGAUAUGCUGUUGACCAAUCUCAUCGCAGGAAAUCUCCUUUCCUCCGCUCUCAUCUGGAUUACCUCUCGGCCGGCAGCAGCCAAUCAGAUCCCUAAUGAGUGCAUCCAACAGCUGACGGAGGUACGGGGGUUUAAUGAUACGCAGAAGGAACAAUACUUCAUCAAGAGGUUCAGCGACCAGACCAUGAGCAACAAAAUAUUUGCGUACAUCAAGUCAUCAAGGACCCUGUUCAUCAUGUGCCACAUACCGAUCUUCUGCUGGAUUUCAGCAACUGUCCUUGAGCAACUAUUAGGUAAAGAUGUCAGCAAAGAAAUACCCCAAUCUCUGACCCAAAUGUACAGUCACUUCCUUAUAGUUCAAAUAAUUAAAAACCGUAAAUAUCAAGGGAACUGUGUCACAAAUUCAAAAAUAUUGUCGAUGGAAGAUAGAGAAAUUAUUCUAAAACUUGGUAAGCUUUCCUUCCAUGCUCUGGAAAAGGGGAACCUGAUAUUUUACAAAGAGGAUCUGGAAUCUUGUGGCAUCGAAGCCAGUGAAGCAACUAUGUAUUCUCAUCUGUGCACAGAAAUCAUUAUAGAGGAGUUUGGGAUAUAUCAAGAAAAAGCGUACCGCUUUGUACACCUGAGCCUUCAGGAGUAUCUUGCUGCUCUGUAUGCAUUUUAUCUAUGCACACAAGAGAAAAUAAAUGUCCUGGAUCCAGACUCUGGAGCAGAAGAACAAGAAACAUUGUCUGCUUUACAUAAAAGUGCCAUAGACAAAGCCUUGCAGAGUCGAAAUGGGCAUUUGGACCUUUUUCUUCGAUUCAUUCUAGGCCUCUCACUAGAAUCCAAUAAGACUUUCCUUCAAGGUUCGCUGAUGUCAAAAAGAAAUGCAAACUGGACUGCUGAAGAUACAGUCAAAUACAUCAAGAAGAUGAUCAAGGAGGAAUUUUCUCCAGAUAGGAUUAUCAAUCUCUUCCACUGUCUGUAUGAAAUAAAUGACCAUUCUCUAGUGAAGGAAAUCCAUACUUACUUGAAAACAAGAAAGCCUUCCAAGCUGAAAGCAUACCAAUGCUCAGCCCUCGCCUUUGUGUUGCUGAUGUCAGAGGAGAUGCUGGAUGACUUUGACUUGAAGACUUACAAUGCUUCAGACUUGGGUCUUGAGAGGCUACUAUCAGUCAUGAGGAAUUGUAGGAGCGCCGUGCUUGACAGUUGUGGUCUUAGGGACUCAUCAUAUGAAACGGUGGCAUCAGCUCUCCAGGUAACUAACCAUCUGAGAGAGCUCAACCUGAGCUACAAUGUCCUGGGAGAUUCAGGACUGAGGCAUCUGGAUCCUGGACUGAGGAGUCCAAACUGCAGAUUACAGAAACUUUUGCUGUCGGGCUGUCAUUUCACUGGGGCGGGCUGUGAGGUCCUGGCCUCUGCUCUGGGCUCAAACCCCUCAUGCCUGAGAGAGCUGGAUCUGAGCUACAAUGACGUAGGAGACCGUGGUGUGCUAGUGCUUUGUGCUGAAUUGAGCAGUUUCAGUUGUAAACUUGAGAACUUGAAGUUGGGGAACUGCUGCCUCACAGAGCUGUGCUGUGGAGAUCUGGCCUUAUUGCUACGCUCAGCCAGCUCUGAGCUGAGGGGGCUGGAACUGAGAGACAAUGAUCUCAAAGACUCGGGAGUGAAAUUACUUUGUGAUGGACUUGAAGAUGCCAACUGCAAACUACAGCGACUCAGCCUCUCAGGCUGUCGGGUCACAGAGGAAGGCUGCGGUUUCCUGAAUCGAGCUCUUCGUUCAAACCCCACACACAUGAGAGAGCUGGAUCUGAGCUACAAUCACCCUGGGGACUCUGGACUGACACUCAUCUCUGCUUUGCAAGAGGAUCCCAGCUGUGGGCUAAAGAAGCUCUUUGUUGACCAUUGUGAAGAGAGCAGAGACAGGCCAAGACUGCAAAAAUAUUUCUGCAGCAUAAGUCUGGAUCCCCUAACUGCUCAUAGACGCCUGUCCCUGUCUGACAAAGACCAAAAGGUGACAUUUGCCAGAGGGGUAGAGGAGCUGUACCCUGACCACCCAGAAAGGUUUGACCGCGAAAUGCAAGUGCUGUCCUGUGAGGCCUUCUCUGACCGGUCUUACUGGGAGGUCAGGAUCAGCGGGGUGGUCGAUGUUGGGGUGGCAUACCGAGGAAUCCCACGGAAAUAUAUAUCUGAUGAUUUCUCUGCACUUGGGAUGAGUGACAAGUCUUGGUGUCUGCAUUGCCUGGGUACGGUUCUGAUGGCUUGUCACAACGGGAAGAUGACCAGCAUGCAGGCGCCGGGCUCCAUGUUACAGACGCUGGGCAUCUACCUGGACCACCAGGCUGGCACCUUGUCCUUCUACAGCGUGUCCUCGGACACCAUAACCCACAUACACUCAUUCCGUGCUGAAUUCACUGAGCCGCUCCAUGCGGGGAUCCGCCUGUUCCCUUUUCCCUCCACCUUUGCAUCUUUGCAACCUCUGUGAUGGCCCAGUAAGGUCUGCAUUGUACUGUGUAGGCAUGGCAAUAUAAGACAUCAUACCUCAAAUCACAAACCUUGCUGCUGACAAUAGAGAUGCACAUAUGCAUCCAACCACCCAUCCAUUUCCCAGUGGCCUUUGUAGUUUUGGGUUGUGCUGAUCCUGGAGCCCAUCCCUGCCAUACCUGCUUUUGAAUGUAGAAUGCAGCUGCUCGACUUGUUUUCAACCUUCCCAAGUUCUCCCACACCACUCCUUUGCUGCGCUCCCUACACUGGCUUCCUGUGGCUGCCCGCAUCAGAUUCAAAACACUGAUGCUCGCAUACAAAGCCAAAAAUGAUCUGGCUCCAUCCUACCUAAAAGACCUCAUCACACCCCGCACUGCACCACGAUCUCUCCGAUCCUCCAGCACUGCUCGACUGGUCCCACCACCCCUCGAGGCACAAGGAAGACACACCUCCCGGCUCUUCUCUGCUCUGGCACCAAGUUGGUGGAAUGAACUCCCCCUAGACGUCCGAACAGCUGAGUCACUGAAUGUCUUCAAAAGACGACUUAAAACACACCUUUUCCAGAAAUACCUGAAUUAACACUUCUGGCAUUAU